ACAAAUUGGCAUAUUUCCGCAUAAAGGAGCUCAAGGAUCUCCUUAAUCAACUAGGGCUAUCAAAGCAAGGAAAGAAGCAGGACCUUGUUGACCGCAUAUUAGCCAUUCUCUCUGAUGAACGAGUUUCUGGUUGGGCAAAGAAAAAUGCUGUUGGGAAGGACAUGGCAGCAAAACUGGUAGAUGACAUAUACAGAAAAUUGCAGGUUUCUGGGGCAAAUGAUUUGGCGUCGAAAGGACAGGGUGCCUCAGGUGCCUCAGACAACAGUGAUGUGAAUUUGAAAGAGGAAAUUGAAGAUUCUUACCAAAUGUUUAAGAUUCGGUGUCCGUGUGGAAGUUCAUUGCAAACUGAUUCAAUGAUUAAGUGUGAGGAUCCAAGAUGCAAUGUGUGGCAGCAUAUUGGUUGUGUCAUUAUUCCAGAUAAACCUAUGGAUGGUGUCCUACCAGUUCCUCCCGAGAUGUUUUACUGUGAACUCUGUAGACUGAGUCGGGCAGACCCCUUCUGCGUGGCGGUGACACAUCCUUUAUAUCCAGUGAAACUGACUAUUGCAAGCGUUCCAACUGAUGGGACAAACCCCAUGCAGAGUAUUGUUAUUGAGAAAACGUUUCAAAUUACAAGGGAAUACAAGGAUUUGUUGUCAAAACAAGAGUAUGAUGUACAGGCUUGGUGUAUGCUGCUUAAUGACAAGGUACCAUUCAGGAUGCAGUGGCCACAAUAUGCAGAUCUACAGGUCAAUGGUGUACCGGUGCGGGCAAUAAACAGACCUGGGUCACAAUUGCUAGGAGCCAAUGGCCGGGAUGAUGGCCCUGUUAUCACACCUUGCACCAGAGAUGGAAUUAAUAAAGUUUCCUUAACCGGAUGUGAUGCUCGAGUGUUCUGCGUUGGGGUCAGAAUUGUGAAGAGACGCACUGUCCAACAGAUUUUCAAUUUAAUUCCCAAGGAGUCUGAUGGUGAGCUAUUUGAUGAUGCUCUUGCCCGUGUUCGCCGUUGUGUUGGUGGUGGAACUGCUACAGAGAAUGCUGAUAGUGACAGUGAUCUGGAAGUCGUUGCUGAUUGCAUUCCUGUCAGUUUGCGUUGUCCUAUGAGUGGUUCGAGAAUGAAGGUUGCUGGAAGAUUCAAACCUUGUGUGCACAUGGGCUGUUUCGACCUUGAAGUGUUUGUUGAAAUGAACCAGCGUUCUAGAAAGUGGCAAUGCCCCAUUUGUCUGAAGAACUACAGUUUGGAGAAAAUCAUCAUUGAUCCAUAUUUCAAUCGCAUUACAUCUAAGAUGCGGAACUGUGGAGAAGAUGUGACAGACAUUGAAGUGAAGCCUGAUGGUUCUUGGCGCACAAAAACAGAAAGUAGUGGUAGGAGUCUUGGGGAUCUUUGGCAGUGGCACCUUCCUGAUGGUACUGUCUAUGCGGCUAUGGAUGAACAGACUAAGCCUAAAGCAGAACUUUUAAAGCAGAUUAAACAGGAAGGUGCUUCUGAAGGCCAUCCUGGUUUGAAACUUGGAAUCAAGAAGAAUCGAAAUGGCAUUUGGGAAUUCAGCAAACCUGAAGAUACACAUGCACUCUCUUCCGGCAAUAGACUAGGAGCCAACUUUGAAAAUUAUGGUCAGAAUGUAAUUCCUAUGAGCAGCAGUGCCACUGGUAGUGGUAGGGAUGGCGACGAUCCCAGUGUAAAUCAGGAUGGUGGUGGGAACUUUGAAUUUCCGACCAACAAUGGGAUUGAGUUGGAUUCUGUUGCUCUGAACACCCAAACAUAUGGAUUUACUGACCGAAAUUCUUCUGUGCCAUUGGGGGAGGCUGAAGUUAUUGUUCUCAGUGAUUCUGAUGAAGAAAAUGAAAUCCUGAUUUCUUCUGGAACUGCGUACACAAAUAGUCGGACUGAUGGUGGAGUAACAUUUUCAGUUCCUCCACAUGGAAUUCCAGAUUCUUAUCAUGAAGAUCCUGUACUUGGUACUGGUGGGAAUUCAUGCCUGGGGCUUUUCAAUGGCCAUGAUGAUGAAUUUGGGAUGUCCAUGUGGUCUUUACCUUCUUGCAGUCAGGGAGGCCCCGGUUUUCAGUUAUUUGGUUCAGAUGCAGAUGUCUCUGGUGCCUUAGCUGAUGUGCAGCAUGGUUCCUUGAAUUGUCCUGUGUCAAUAAAUGGCUACACGUUGACAGCUGAGACUUCCAUGGGUUCUACUGCUCUAGUCUCUGAAUCUAAUAUUAUCUGUCCGAAUACUGAUAUGAAUGGUGGGUUAGUUGAUAAUCCAUUGGCAUUUGGUGGGGAUGACCCCUCACUUCAAAUAUUUCUACCUACAAGGCCCUCAGAUACAUCAGGAGAGGCUGAUUUAAGAGAUCAACCGGAGGUUUCAAAUGGUGUCCACACUGAGGAUUGGAUUUCUCUCAGGCUUGGGGAUGGUGGCAGUGGGGGUCUUGGUGAGCCUGCAGCUGCAAAUGGUAGAUUAAGUUCAAGACAGCAGUUACAAUCCAGGGAAGGUGCCUUGGAUUCAUUGGCAGACACAGCUUCUUUGCUGCUCGGUAAGAAUGACAAUAGAUCUGUUAAAACUAAUAGGGAAAGAUCAGAAGGUCCUUUCUCAUUUCCUCGCGGACGACGUUCUGUAAGACCAAGAUUGAAUCUUUUUAGCGGCUCGGACUCCGAGUAGUAGAGUAGUUGGACCUUGAUGACGGGAUAGCUGUUGCUUCUUGAGAAAUUUGUUUGUAAUGCUGCACCAUAUCUUUUCGAUUUAAGAAGAGGGAGGCUUUGCUGGGACGAUUUGGUGUGCAAUUGUUUCAUGGUCAAAUUGUAAAUUGAAGUGAAGGCUGACAUACAUUCUCCACCUAUGAGACAGUAAUAUCAGAUGCUGAGAGGCACACGAGGAACAAAUUCUCCAGUUUAAAAUGUUUGCUGGCACCUUGGGGAAUUCAUUUUAUGGGUCUGGUAUACAUUCUUUGUUCCUCCUCUUUCUCGGAUGAUUUGCAGGUCUCAUGCUGGUAAAUUGUACAGUCAGCAGUUGUUAUAUGUGAAAUUUGAAACACCCAUCGGUAACUACCUUUGGAUGUAGUGGGGAACCCCCUUUUAGUAACACAAAUGUCCCCUAUUACUGACUUAUGAAGAGUACAAAAAGCCUGUAAAUGCCUUCACCAACUCGGAUUCAGUUAUUUAUAGAAAAUAUAAUAUGUUCAAGGUGGAAAAUUAUGUAAGUGCAACUUUUGCUUAGCAUCAGUUUGAAGGAUGUCGAGGCAGGUGGAGGAAGUGAUUAAGAUUAGGUAAGUAGUUUAUUUAGUUUUAGGUAAGCACACUUAUCCACUCAGUGUUCUUUGCAUCAGGAGGUGCAUUGGACACACACUGGGAUUUAAGGGGUUUGCAAGUGACUGUUUUCAAAUAUUUUGGGUUUUGUAACCUGAUAUACAGCUCAUGCAGGUUAUCAUUAAGUAACCAAAAAACAUCAUUCUUCUCCAGUGUUCAAUUUAUGC